AGAAAGGAAAAACUCCAUUAAAAACCUCCAGGCUCUCCUCCAUGUUAGAAAUGAAAUGGAAAAUGGAGUGGAUUUAACAGGAAUCUCAGAUUCCUGCGGCCAAGCUGGAGGAAGGGAGACGUGAAUCAAAGCUGCAGGCUGCUGAUAUUUUUUAAGUUGCAAUAAAUACCGAGAACUCCGGGGCAGGAUGAGGAUUUCCUGACUCGGAAGAAGGAGGAAGGACAGAUCGCUUUUUUAUUAUAUUCCUCUCUGUAUAUUUAAUUUAUUCACUCCGAUGAUUCUCUGGACUGAUCUGGUAAUUGUUAGAAGUGGCUGUGACAGCCUGGAAACAUUAGUAUGAUUUCCUGAGUUUGAGAUUUGCUGCGCACCCCCAUCCCCCCCCCCCCACCACCACCACCACCCCUCCUUCUCCAAACUCAGGAAAAGUCAAUACAAUCACACUUCAUUUUUCCUUCAUGUGCACUUGGAAGUUCUGGGAGCAGCAAAAGCAGCGGCAGCAGCAGCAGCAAGAAUGAACUGCAAGAAAGAAGAUGACAACUGCACUGAUGGGAGCAGCAGUAACACGAAGAAGAUGUUAAAAUGCGUGGUGGUUGGGGACGGUGCAGUUGGGAAAACCUGUUUGCUGAUGAGUUAUGCCAAUGAUGCCUUCCCAGAGGAAUAUGUUCCCACUGUGUUUGACCACUAUGCAGUAACUGUGACUGUGGGAGGACAACAACACUUGCUGGGACUUUAUGACACUGCAGGGCAGGAGGACUACAACCAGCUGAGACCUCUGUCCUACCCCAACACAGACGUGUUCUUGAUCUGCUUCUCAGUGGUGAACCCUGCCUCCUACCACAACGUCCAGGAGGAGUGGGUGCCUGAACUGAAAGUCUGCAUGCCCAAUGUGCCUUAUGUCCUCAUAGGAACACAGAUUGAUCUCCGGGAUGAUCCCAAAACUUUGGCUCGGCUGCUUUACAUGAAGGAGAAACCACUCACCUAUGAGCAUGGAGUGAAGCUAGCCAAGGAGAUAGGAGCACAGUGCUAUCUGGAGUGCUCAGCCCUCACACAGAAAGGCCUCAAGACAGUCUUUGAUGAAGCAAUCCUGACCAUCUUCCAUCCCAAGAAGAAGAAGAAGCGCUGUGCAAAGUGCCACAGCUGCUGCACCCUCGUGUGAAGCCACCUGGAGAGAAAAGCAAGAUGAGUUCCAUGAAACCAAGCAAGGUUAGAAAGGCAAUGAAGAUCACAUGCAACUGAAAUGGGGAACGUGACCAGAAAGAGGUCAUUUUCACCCAAAUAUAGGAGCCCUCCAUUCUGUGAAACCUCCCAGCUGUAUCACACCAGGCUGACUCAUGUCUCUGUGCUUUCCUAACCCUCCAGAGCUGGAUGCAGGCUGCUCCCACUGCUGAGCCAACAGAAACCAUGCUGCCUGCUCCUGCUUGACUCCUCACCUUAGGAAUUAGGUGAAGGUGAUAUGUGG